UGGGCCCGCUGUACCGCCUCCUCUCCAUGCAUUGCUUGCCACGGUCACAGGAGUGUGGUCUAUGGGUCCCUGUACGGCCCCUCCUGCUGCUGCCAGGCCCGUAAUCUGUCAUGGGCCCCCUGUACCGCCUCCUCAUGCUGCUGCCAGGUCCAGAGUGUGUCAUGGGGUCCCUGUACGGCCUCCCAUUGCUGCUGUCUCCAUCGCCACACUCUGCCAUGUGCCACUUUCAGGUCUCCUCACACUGCUGGUGGGUUCCAUUUUGUCAUAGGGUGCUGUAUGGCCUCCCAUUGCUGCUGCCUCCACCGCCACACUGUGGCUCCACACUCUGGUUUUUGGCCCCGUGACUGCCCAAAUGAGUGAAGUGUGCGGUGAUUCUAAGAUCGACGGCACUCAUCUGCAUGUCAUACUGACUGACAGUAUUAGAUUUCUCUUCCCCAGCAGACUCCAAGGGCAUUUAAAUUAAAGGUACAGUGUUCUGCACUAAUAUAA